AACUUUCAUAAACGCUAUGUUCUUGGGGCAUUUCUUUGACAUUCAACUGGUCCGUUUUCGCAGAGGAUAUAUUGCACAGACUUGACUCAAGGUGUACGGUCUUUGUAUGUACAUGGUGCAGACCUGUCGACCCUUUCUAACAUCUUUCCGAAUGCGUGUUCCUUGCAAGGCUAUAGACACCCGGGUAUUUGACCUGACACCGUAUCACAUCGAGAUAGUCCAACGCAAUGCCCCAGUAUUGCAAAGACUGCGCGUGGUUCUUGAUAGACCCGAAACAUUCCGUCAGCUUGUGCUUCGUGGCGACGGUAUGCCCAUCGUUUUCCCAUGCCUGCGCACACUCAAAAUGAACAGCCCUGAAUCGACAGCUGCUGCUCAAUCAUCAGUGGAUGCUUCGCCCAGCGGGGCGAUUUUCCCAGAACUCGAGCUCCUUUACUUGAAUAUGAGAUAUCCGUUUGAGAACGAUGUUCUAUUCCGCGGCAACAAGAACUCACUGCGGCUUCCUGAAAAUACUGGUUUCAGAACAAAUUCUCAGUAUGCUUGCCCACUUUGACGUAUUCGCAGAGCGGAUUUACAGCACUAAGCCAGGUUAGGCUGGAUGUAUCCGUCCUUUUGACGAUGUGCCAAUAUCCAGCAGAAAUGCUGUCUAUGUUAUCAAUGAACUCUGCGCCGUGCCAACUGUGUUCCUUAACAGCGAGUUCAUGUGCACGUUCGACGCAAGCCAGCUGAAUUUUGAUGGAAUGAUUCCAAGGGUCACGGUACUGAACGCGUGUAGUUUGAGGAUGUACUGUAGAGCAUCUGGUCAUGC